UGCUUCGGCCGCCAGAUCACCACUUCAGAGAAGACGACUCAUUGGUUUCAGCUGAGCUCAGAAGAAACCUUCUUUAUGCACCAUGAUCUUCAAGCCUUAACAGUCAUAACCGAGACCGAGAGGCCUCUAAAUGAACUGGAGUUAUGGAACCAUAUGAAAGGUAGGAAAACAGCAUUUCCAGAGCUCUACAUGGCAUACACUCAUCUCAGAAGGAAGAAUUGGGUGGUUCGAAGUGGAACUCAAUAUGGUGUGGAUUUUGUGGCUUAUAGGCAUCACCCAGCUCUUGUGCAUUCCGACUAUGCUGUGAUUGUUCUACAGGAAGGUGAUGGCGAUGUCCAGCAGAAUGCAAGGCUGAGGAGUUGGUCGGAUUUGCAGUGUAGUCUUCGAGUGAGUGGAAGUGUGGCGAAGACAUUGCUUGUUCUUUUUGUAGACAGGAAUGGAAGUGAUACAGCCGUCCCUUCUUGUCUGCAACAAUUCAGUGUUGAGGAGAGAACGAUCACUAGAUGGGUUGCAGAGCAAUGCAGGGAGGAGGAUUGCUUGGAGAAGGAUUGUAAGAAUGUGGUGAAUGAGUGAGGCAUGGAAAUCAAUGUUGUUUUGUUGUUUUUUAUUGUUGUAUUGUUUUAUUAAUAGGUUUCAUCUUAUAAUAUUGUUGGAUGUCUAGUAUUGAGCAUUUUGUUGCAAUAUUAACAACAAUGAUGAUUUAUUGUUUCAUCUCUUUGUGAUA